AUGGGGGAUAAUAACUUACCUUUGUAUUUUUUUGAACCAGAGACAUCCAAUGCAUCGAAAAGAGGCCCGAGGAGAAGGAGACCAAAUAUGUUUAUUUCCUAUCGUAAAGAAAUGAUGAAGCGUAAACCGCCAAAUAUGCAAAUGACUGACUACAGCAAGCUGGUGUCAGAAUGGUGGAAAAAGCUUUCUGCGAACGAAAAAGCGAAGUUACAAAGACGAUAUCAAAUCGAACGAGAUCAAGAAGUACAAC